CGCUCUUUCCAACCUUUUGUUCUUCAUUUAUUUUCUCUCCCAAAAUUCGUUCAUCUUCUCAAGAAGUUUCACUUACCAAAAACCCUAGAAACUGAAAUUCAUAGCUGGAUUUAAGAAAUGGAAGCUGGUUAAGUAGCAGAAGUUGUCAAGCUAAGCGCUACGCAAUUUCGUGUGCUUUAGACUGCAAAUUGAGUUUAACAAGGAAUCAUUAGUGGUAAGCUGUAUUUGAUAUGGAGAGCCAAGAGGUGAUGGUUUAUCAUGGAAAUGGGGAUGCUGUUGUUGUUCCCAAAGGAAAUGGGUUAGAGCAUAAGAAUAAUGAAAAUGGAACUGUACACGUGGCUGUUGAUGAAGAGGAGAAAGGGGAAAUAGCUGAUGUGCUUUUGGAAGGUUUCGAAGAGUACUGGGAUGAUAUCAAUGACCGGCUGGUGGUGUCACGGAUGGUGAGUGAUUCUGUUAUCAAGGGAAUAGUGUUUGCAGUCGAACAAGAGGCGACUGAAAGAAUUGCUGUGAAGGAAAUGGAGUUAGCCUGCUUGAAGGAGUAUUUUCGAUCGUCUGAGAUGGUUGCAGGGAAGUUUGAUGUGAAGUUGCCAUUUGGGAGGAAAUCUCUUGAAACGGGGAAGAAUGGGAGGUUUCAGUGUGUUGUUGCCGAAUUUCGCUCGAAGUAUGAACGGAUGAGAGAGGAAUUGGUGGCCUUAAGGAUCUUGACAGAUGAGCAAUUCAUGAAGGCCAAGAAGGAAGUUGAUUGCGCGAGGGGAGGUAGUUUUAUGAAGAAGGUUGGUUCAGGUUCCGAGUUGUUGGGGUUAGGUGGGAUUUUACAGGAAAAAAGAUGUAUGCGUGUUGAUAAGAUGCUGGGAAGCCUGAAUACAACAAUUAACUCUGUUUGCUUGAAAAUGGAAGACCUAUUGCUGUCAUCCGAAGCCUCACUUUGUGAGUCGCAUCAUGAUCUGGUUAUAUUAACAAAGCUUGAGGAUAUUGUGAUGCAGAGUGUAAUUCGGAGUCUUCAAGAGGAGGAUGUGUUGGAACUAAAUGUCCAGUUACAUGGGAUUCAGGCAGUGAAUUGGGUUGAAAAAUUCAAUGAUUUAUCUGGUUUAGUCGCCCGUUUGGUUGCAAUUCAGCAGUCACUUUCUGCGCAAGAUUUAGACCAUUUGCACCAGAAGAGCUUUGUAAAUCAUGAUUCUCCACCGAUCUCGUUUUGUGGUGAAAAUGGUAUGCUGGAUGAAUCCAUCAUUCAUGUAGCCGAAAGCUAUGACUUUCAGCAGCUCCAACACAUGGAAAAGGAAGAAUUGGUUGAUUAUUUUAAUGAAAUCAUAACUCAUCUGAAAAGGGACCAUGAGUCAGUUCUAGAGAGGAAGACUGAAAAAUAUUUUAGUCUGAGACGAGAAUACCUGAAUCUCAAAAGGAGUGGGUCCCCUGUGACACACAAAAAAGAUGAAGAGUUAGACGCGCUAAAGGAGAAGAUUCCCGAGAUUAUUUCUAAGCUGGAGAAUUUUCUUGUGGAGAACGAAAGAUUUCCUGCUCUGCUCCAAAAUUUUGAAAGCGUAGAGAAACUGAAGCUCAGGCUAGAUAGCCUUCUCCUUGAAAACUGUCGACUGAGAAACUCCAUGAAUGACAGGGAAAAUGAGGUGAAGUGUCUGAAAGCACAGAUAUUAGGUGCUGCUGAAGAACUAUUGCCGCAUUCUUUGGCUGAGGAGAACAUGCUAAAGCUUGUGGAAAAUCUCAAGUCAACUGUGGAUGAUUCACGUAUUGAAACUUCAUUGACUGAAGAAGUAUAUAACUUUGUUCUCAGGGAGCAGGUUGUACAGAUGAGAUGCAACUCUGAAGAUUCGGGAAUUGAAUUACUUAUGGCCCAUGAAGCUGAAACUGCGAACAGAGAUGCAAUUGAAGAUUCGGAUAUUGAAUCGUAUAUAAUUCAAGGAUUGAGUGGGUUGAUAUUCAAAGAGGCUAUCAUAGAUGCUGAAGCUCUUAUUGACAAACAAAUGAGGAUUUGUUUGGAAACUGAGGCGCGUGAAAAGGAAAAUGAAUUCCGAUUAGAGGUUGAAGAGAAUGAGAAAUUAAAGCAGGAUAUACAAAAUCUGAUAACUGCACUCCAAGAUCAAGAGAAGUUAGCAAUGGAUUUAUCGUUUUCAUUGUCUAAAGAGAGGGAGGAAUUUGAGCUAGCUUCUCGAGAGCUUAGUAAUUUAAGACAAGAUGCAAGUUGUCUAGAGGCAAUGGUUACCGAGAGUAACCGGGACUUAGAAUUGUGGAAGUCUCGAUGUUUCGAGGCAAUGGAGCAGAUUGAAGUAAAUAAAAUGGAAAUGCGUAAACUUCAACAAGAGCUUGACCAGACCAAAGAGGAUUUAACAGAAACGAAAAAAGAGAGGAACAGUGCAGUUACUCUAACCCAAGAAUUGCAUGAUAAGUUACUGUUAAGUGAAUUUAGAGACGAAAAACUGAAAAAGGAAAUGGAACUGGCUGUCUGUGAACUCUUAAAGUUGUUUGACGACUUCGAAUGGAGAAUAUCAGGGGCAAUCAGAAAGAAUAGUUUAAGGUUUGAAGAUACUACUUCUCACUUGAAAGCUCUUACCAAGAUGGCUAACGUUCUUAGGAGAAGAGAACUGAUGUACAAACAGAAACUGGAUUUAAAAACAGCAAAUCUCCAUAAGGCUGAGGCUGAGGUUGAUGUUUUAGGAGAUGAAGUUGAUGCUCUAUUGAAAUUACUGAAUAAAAUAUUCAUUGCUCUUGAUCACUAUUCUCCAGUACUAAAGCAUUAUCCAGGGAUUAUCGAGAUUCUUGAGCUGGUGAGGAGGGAAUUGAGGGGAGACUCUACUGUGCUUUUGUGACAACUCCUUGACGAUGAACGUGAAUCUUUUGGCCAUGUUAGCAUGUCUAUAGAGACUGGUGUUUUGGAUCUGGGCUCUGCUGCGUAUGUGCCACUUGUCGAUCUGUGGAUGGCUGCUGAACUGGAAAACUUGGCAAAGGAAGAGCCAUUUUUUUGCUGUCUGUAAAGCUGAACCGUAGAAUAUUUAUGACCAGGAAAUGGUCAAGUUUUUGUUUCUACACUCACCCUCACCCGGUUUCGCAGGGUUUAUUUUCAUGCAUACGAGAUACGACCACUUGUAAAUCUGAUUUUCCAUUAGUUAGAUUAAAUUCGUGAAAGAAGCAGCCUUUGGUAUAUCUUUUUGUUCAUCUCUUUUCCUCUGGUAGAUUCACAUGCUUUGUAUGAUUACUUAGGCAAAAAAUCAUGUUACAUGUAUUGCUUCAGAGUACAGACAAGCUCGGAUAUUACCCUAACUAGACUUGGAGAUUACAGUAAAACUCUU